GCUGUAGAGCUAGUACGAUUUUAAAGCGACACGUUCAGACAACUGCCGCCCUAGCAGGGUUGGGACUCCCAUUUCUUCAAGCAGUGAGUCUGGGUGGCUUUCUUGUUCAGUUCACAAGCCGUGGGAUGAAUGUGGGGGUGGCGCACAGUGAAGUAAACCCCAACACGCGGGUGAUGAACAGUCGGGGCAUCUGGCUGGCCUACACCAUCUCGGUAGGACUGCUGCACGUCGUCUUACUCAGCGUCCCCUUCCUCAGCAUUCCUGUUGUCUGGACCCUGACCAAUGUCAUCCACAACUUGGCAAUGUAUGUCUUCCUACACACAGUGAAAGGAACACCCUUUGAGACCCCCGACCAAGGAAGGGCUCGCCUGUUGACACACUGGGAGCAGAUGGACUAUGGGCUCCAGUUUACCUCCUCCCGAAAGUUCCUUAGCAUCUCUCCUGUUAUACUCUACCUCCUGGCCAGCUUCUACACCAAGUACGAUGUUGCCCACUUCCUCAUCAACACUGCCUCACUGUUUAGCGUACUGCUGCCCAAGCUGCCCCAGUUCCAUGGGGUUCGUCUCUUUGGCAUCAACAGAUACUGAGGGGGAGGGCUGAGGACAGCCCCACAGGCAUGGAGAAGGCACCAGAGCAAAAGACCAGAACAUCUUUCCCUUCUCCACAUUGUCUUUUGUUUCUUGAAAGCCUGAGAACGGUACAACCCUUCCCAAACUCAGGAAGAGAUGAGACAAGAAAGUGGAACUGUUGGGUCCAGCCCUGCUAAGGGCAAGACUGAGUCAGGAAAGGCAAACGGGGUUAAGAGCCGCAUCACUGUCCUCUACAACAGGAAGCCAUAUGUAGGCAGUUUGUUUGAUGAUGGCACUGCCAGUAUUUUUCAUCCUUACCACUUUCCUACUCUGUUUUGCUGUGUAUGUAUUUUCCUUAUAAUAAAGAUAAUUUUUUUA